ACGAACACGUCUGCCAUCUCAUCGCCGUUACACAGCCGUCACUUUGACGACUUGUCGCACAUGUCGCCAAGUGCCGAAAUGCGCCGUGAGCAGCCGGGCCUUGGCCUGGCGCUGUUCAAGCUGCUCGCUGCCUCGGACGCGCCCACAUCGGCCGCCGCCGCCGAGGCGCUCGAGUGGCUGGCCGUCCGCACACCCGGCGCCCUACCCGGCCCGCCCACCCGCGAGUUCUUCGAGCUGGAUCUUUGCGACAUGCUCGUACUCGCAAUGUACGUGCCGUACGCGCCGCCGCCGAUCUCGGUGGCGGCGGCGGCGACAGCCGCUUCGCGGCCGCCGCCGCCGCCGCCCGGCGCGCCCUGGCAUGCGGAGGUAACGGCGGUGAUGCCGAUGGGCGGCGUGACGGCGGGCGGGGUGCGCGACGCGGCGGCGGUGGCGAGCGGCGUGGCGGACGCGGCGGACUGGCUUGAGCAGCAACAGCAGGCAGUGUCGUCGACUUCGUCAUCGACAUCUUCGGCGUCGGCGGCGGCUAAGGGUGCGGUGCUGCGGUCCGCGCCCGCAGCCAAGCCGCACCCGGGACAGAGCACGCUGCCAGCUCUUGAGGCGCCUCCCCUAGAGGCCCUGGCUGCCGACCCCGCCUCCGGCCUGGCGGUCAGCCGCCAGCUGUCGGGACACAGCCGGUCUGGCGGCCCCGGCAGCCAGACCUGGUGGGCCAGUCUGGCGGGCUCCGCCGCCGCCGCCUUCCAGCGCGUGGCCAAUGGCGUGUUGCUGCAUGGCGUGGGAGGAGGAGCGGGAGCUGGAGGAGCAGCGGGUGGAGGGGGCGGAGGAGCGGGAGGGCACGGCAGCGGCCUUGCUGGAGGGGGAGGGGCAGGUGGUGCGGCUGGUGCGGGCGGCGGGGCGAGCGGUGGGAUGGAGGCGGGAGGCGGCGGGGCGGCUGCGCUGCUGCCGACCGGGCCGGCGGCGGAGCGGCGGCGGCAGGUGGCUUGGAUGCUGUUCCUGCUAGCAGCCAAGUCGCCCGACAACAGGGCACGCAUCCGGCGCCUCGUGCGCGCCUCGCUCCUGCCACUGGCGCAGCAGCUCGCCAACGCGGAGGCCUGCCGCGCUCAGCUGGAGGCGGCGGCCGUGGCACCGGCGGCGGCACCCGCGUCCGCACCACAGCCGCCCGCGCGGCCGGCGUCAGGAAGCGCGAUUGGGGCGGGAAUGGCGCCAUUGGCCCAUGUGCAGGCUACGGGUCAGGGUGCGUUUGCAACGGCGCCUGCGGCGGCGGUUGCAGCGGCGGCUGCCGCCGCUGCCGCGGCGGCGGCGGCGGGCGCCGGUCCGUCGGGGGUGGCGUCCUCGUCGUCGGCACCGCUGCCGCUGCCGCUGGCGCCGCUUCACUCGGCGGCUCUGGAGAGCGCGGCGAGCGUGACGGGGCACCGGCUGCCCAUCAGCACCUCAGCCAUGGAGCAACUGGGUGGCACACCGCAGCACCGCAGCUCUGGCGGCGGCAGCUCCGGCGGCGCCUGGCCGCAGACGGUCACCGGCGGCUCCGGCCCGUCCUCGGCUGCCGCCGCCGCGCCGCCAGCGGCCAACGCGGCCCUGCUGUACGGCAUGCCACCGCCGCCGCCAGCAGCUCCGCCGCCGCCAGCCCCGCCACCGCCAGUCUCCCCGCCAGCCGUCCUCCCGUCGGUGGCAGCGCCGCCGCCAGUGCCGUACGGCAGCGCUACCUCGUCACCUUCCGCCGCCCUGUUACAACAGCAGCAGCUGCAGCAACAGACACAGGCGGGCCCAGACUCGGCGGCGCUUCGGCGCUUCGCCGCAGCUGCGGCGGCCGGGAUGGCAGCGGGCUAUCGUGGAAGCGGCGGCGGCGCGUUACCUCAGGACGCUAAUGAGGGUUUGGCGGCAGCUGCGGCAGCGGCAGCGGGCGUGGGCUUGGCUUGGUCCUCUCCGGCAGGCAGUGGCACAACCACCCCGCGCCCCAGCCACAGUGGGGUGGGCGGCGUGGGUGGCGGCGCUGCUUGGGAAGGCAGCGGCAGCGGUCGAGGCGCAGCUGGGCUGGGCCAGGCAAGUCCGUUCGCGGCUGGGGCACCGGCACCGGAUGCGGGUGCAGGUGCGGGUGAAUUUGGGGUGGUAGCCGCGGCGGGCAGGGCGCCGCUGCCGCCGCGUCCUGCCCUUGGACCAGCCGCACCCGCAGCAGCACCCACAGGAGGGAGUGGCGGCGGUGCCAUGCCGCGGGCUCUGGGCCCACAGGUCAGCGCGGGCGGCAGCAGCGUCAUGUCCGACGAUGACGAGCUGGCGAUGAUACGGCAGGAGGUGGCGCUGCUGGCGAACACGACGAGCGGCCUGGUGGCCUCGGGCGCAGCGGGGGGUGGCAGCGGCGGCGGCGGCGGCAGCGUGCGCGGCGGCAGCGUGUCGUUGAUGGGCGGCCCGAGCCCGGCGUCAUCGCCCGCGCGCUGGGGCGUGGGGCGGCGCUGAAGGCCAUUUGGGGGCUGGAGGGCCGCAUGCGGUGUAGCUGCGGAGUUUGUGGGAUAGCUUGGGUUGCCAGGUUGGGGGGUGGGGCAGUUUGGCGUAGACGAGUUGUCAGGGGCAGGGCGCUGCGGCAUGUUGCACGACACCACGGCAUACAGCUGGAGGCAUGGGACGUGGGGGAAGGAGCGAAUCGCCCACGUGUUGUUCGCCCACAUGCGAAGUGGACAUCUGUAAUGAGGCGUAGGGCGCGGGCAUCGUGCAGUGGAUUCAAAAGGAUGGCAUUUGCAUUGGCGGCGCCCAGACUGCCCAAGAGGUCUGCGGACCAGAGGCAUGGACUGGCACCUGCGCCGAUCCCGACAUCUGAAAUAUUACAAGCUGCAUCACGGCAUGAGUGCGCGGCAUCCCUGCUGGCUGCUGGUCGGCCUGUCCAUUCUUGAUGUGAUGUGAUCCUUUAUGGUCCCUUGCGAUG